GGCGGGGACUGCUGUACGACUCAGUAAAGUCUGUGAGUCACUGCACAACCCAUCAAUCCAAUUAAAUGUCUUGAGCGAACCGAGCAGGCGGUGCUGCCGCCGCUGCCGCCGCCACCACAGCUCUCUCAGCCCCGGCCACCCCUGUUCUCAGCGCCCCUGAUCCAUGGCUGUCUGUCUGUACUUGUUACGGUGUAACCUCCUCCUCCUCUUCGCCCUCCUCCUCUUCUUUCUCCUCGGGAGCCGCUGCAACUUCCCCACAGCCAACCUCCUCUUGUGCUUAGGGACCGCAAAGGCAUGGGAUAGACCCAGAGCCACUUCUCUCGACCUCCCCUCCUGCCCUUGUUCAGUUUCCCCUCUAAAUUAAAGUGUGUUCCUCGCUCCUCGUCGUCUCUAGAGAUUUCAUUUCUCAGGCUCUUAUUUCCCUGGAUUUUAUUUCCCCUGCUUGGGCAGGGGGAGGGUGGUGGUGGCAAGGGACCAGCGGGUUAAUUGUAGGGAGGGGGCUCUCCACCUCCCCCGACCCCCCAACCUGCAAAUCUCUCCUCCUUUUUCGGCGGUGACUCGGUUUCCCCGCGCCUCUGCACUCCCACCCCUCCAACUCGGGGGGUCCUGCGCUCGGGUGACGCUCCGACACCCCCCGCCCAUCAGACGUCCCCUCCCUCGCGGCGGCUGGACUCAUCUCAGAGCUGGACCCGGAGCCGGCUUAGCAGAGGGAUGAACUUCUGGACUGCUUACCAAGUUCCAUGAAAAAAAAAAAAGUACGUUGAAAUUUAAAUUGGAAUCUCGUUUAAUUUAUUGGUGAGUUGAGGCAAGAAAUGACAUCUAUAGAUAUGUUCCUGAUAGUUAAAUGUGAAUAACUGACUUAAUUUCUUACAUAUUAUGUGAAAGUGAGAGGGAGAAGCUCUAAACUCUAAAUCCUGAAGUCCAAAACAAAUCGGAGCAAGCUCUUGAAAAUGUAUACACAAGGAACAAGCUUGGGGCACUGAGGUGGUUUGAAAAAUCCAGGAAGACAGCCAGCCCUUGGCAGUGAUGCUGCCUAGUAAGGCAGCACAACCCCUUUUUGGGCCUGUCAACAGCAGCCACUAGGAAGAACUAGAGACCUGGGUGGUGAGUCUGCAGAUAUAUGUUGGGUAAAGGAGAAAAGCGGAAGUUUGAUGAGCAUGAAGAUGGGCUGGAAGGCAAAGUUGUAUCUCCCUCUGAUGGGCCAUCCAAGGUGUCUUACACCUUACAGCGCCAGACUAUCUUCAACAUUUCCCUUAUGAAACUCUAUAACCACAGGCCCCUCACUGAGCCCAGCUUGCAAAAGACCGUUUUAAUCAACAACAUGUUGAGGCGGAUCCAGGAGGAGCUGAAACAGGAAGGCAGCUUGAGGCCUGUGUUCACCCCCUCCUCCCAGCCCAGCGACUCGCUGAGUGACAGCUACCGAGAGCCACCACCCACACUUAGCCACCCUGUGUCCCAGCCACCUCACCCCUGUGACCUGAGCAGCACUACACCCCUGGAGGUCUGCCUCACCCCAGCCUCUCUGCUUGAGGACGACGAUGACACUUUUUGCACUUCCCAGGCCAUACAGCCUGCACCUCCCACCAAACUCUCCCCUCCAGCUCUGGAAAAGGACAGCUUCUCCUCUGCCCUGGACGAGAUUGAGGAGCUCUGUCCCACAUCUACCUCCACAGAGGCUGCAGUCACAGCGACUGACGGCUCAAAAGGGGUCCCCAGUGAGUCCAGCCUUCAGAAACCCGAGGAGCCCCCAGAGAGCCGAACCGAUGACUCAAAACUGAUGGACUCGCUGCCUGGGAAUUUUGAAAUCACGACGUCCACGGGGUUCCUGACAGACUUGACCCUGGAUGACAUCCUGUUUGCUGACAUUGACACAUCCAUGUAUGAUUUUGACCCCUGCACAUCCUCAUCGGGGGCAGCCUCAAAAAUGGCCCCUGUGUCAGCCGACGACCUCCUCAAGACUCUUGCUCCUUACAGCAGUCAGCCUGUCGCCCCGAGCCAGCCUUUCAAAAUGGACCUCACAGAGCUGGACCACAUCAUGGAGGUGCUGGUUGGGUCCUAAUACCUGGGGACAUACCCACCCAGCCCUCUAGUAUCCCUGGACGCAGACAGCUCUCCGCACUGUGCAUGCACCCUUGCUUGCCUUUUUACAGAGAAAAAUGAACAUUUUACAAAAGGAUCACACUAGUUUUUGCUUUGAGCAGAGUUGGAGUGCCUUCAUCUAAGUAUGACCACUUUUAAUAUGCUUCUUUGAGUGGUUCCUGAGACCUACUACCCUGGGAUAGGAAAGAAUACAUUUGAAGACAAUGUUGCUAUGCUGAAUGAUAAAAAAAUUAAAAAAAAAAAUAAUAAACAGUUUAAGUGAAGCACAAGGAAUAAGUUGGAAAAGCUGUAAAUUGCAUGUGCAUACUUGUCUAUUUUUUAUAUAAGUUUUAUUGCAAGAGGUUAAAAAAGAAAUAUAUAUAUAUUAUUUAGAUAAUCUCAGUACUUUUUCCAGCAUUUUCGCCCUUGUAUAGGUUGACUUGGCAAUUCAGCCUUUUUAGAGGCAUUAACUAUUCCUCCUAAGUGUUGCAUUUACAUGGCUGUUUAGAAACUGCUGCCCAAAUUUAUUUUAUAUUUUUGUACAGAUUCUGCAGUUUAUGAUAUUGUUUUUCUAAAAACAAAUGCUGUUUAUACAUAUGAGAUAGCUAUUUUGAUAGGAUUUGCUCACAUAGUUCCUGCAAACUUAAGAUGUACAAGUUGCACUUGUACUUUUAUAGAGUUGUAAUAUUUUUUAAGUGUUUGGUGCAAAGAGAAAAUUGAAUCAAAUCAAUCCGCAGUUGAUGUUCCCCAAAUGCAGACACACACACACACACACACACACACACACACACACACUCACUCACUCACUCACUCACACUCAUUCUGCUUUAAGAAAGGGCCAGGCAAUAUCAUACACAAGUUACACAAGCACUGACCCCUCCUGGCAUGAACACCCGCCAGCACUGUGACUUCUAAAGCCAGAGCCACAUCAGCUCAUCAAACUUGCAUUAAGCAGUUGGCGGGAGGUGGCCACUGAGCUUGAAGUUUAAGUGAUGUUUCUCUUCAACUCCCUCUUUUGAGAUGGCUACCAAGUAUUCACUGUAUUUAUGCCAAGUUUGCACUUUUUGUUGUUAUUUAUCUUUUUAAACAAAACCCAGGAUCUUUCCUUUUGGGCAUAAUUUCUAUAAUGACCUGAAAUCUUAUACCCAAACAACCCACCCCUCGCACUGAACCCUACUGCAAUGUUGAGGACGUAGAAAGUCAGUCUUCCCCCAGAAGGCAUCCAUCAUGUUGCUCAAUUUUUCUUUGCCAGCUUCCCCUCCCAAGAGCUUUUGUUCCCUCUGUUGCUAAGUGCUGAAAAUGGCAUCUUCACAAUCACCACAGUGAGCUCGGCUUACCUUAGCCCUGCUUGGGAUGCACUCUUGUGACAUCCAAGGCUCUUGAACCUGGAGUUGGUCCCAUUACAUCACAGCCUUCAGUCUGGUUGCUUUCUUGAAUCAACUGCUUUAACUCACUUUUCAAGGUUUUACCCAAAUACACAAACAGGACUUUCUAUGCAUGUUUCUCUUCCAUCCCCCGCCCUACCCCCACUUGGCAAGUAGCUUUGUAUUCCUAGUGUUGUACAUUUAAUUUGAAAAUGUUUGCAAUGUAUCAUGCUUGUUGCCGAAAUUGUUGAUGGCCUUUUCAGUUUUUUCUUUCUCCCAAUGGUACUUUAGCUGGUUACAACCUAUAUUGUUGAAAUGCAGAUGGCUUCUUUAGGAAUAACUUUUAUAUUUAUUUAAGAAAUUUUAAAUUAUGGGAUUUGUGUUGUCUUUGUUGUUGGUCAUUUGUCUAUAUUCAGUCACCAGUUCUGCUCACUUCUUGCCAUGAAUAAAAUUGAGUCUUUCUGGCCAAUUAAAAAAAAAAAAAAGACAGCUUUAUAAAAUGGCACUUUAAACAAGCCAUAGAUAGUUUUAUUUUUAUAAUGCACAUGGCAAAGCAAAUACAUUUGUGAUGAAGGAACUGCUCAUCUAAGCAAAAAGAUUCAUGUAUGAUAUGAAAUCUUUUUACAUUGUAAUUUACUCUCCUCCACCCCCCCCCCAACUUGAAUGUGUUUUUAAAAGGCUAAUUAUCAACUCAGUGGAGCAGUGAGAAACAGAUCAAAUUGCACUUGUUCUCCUACAAGCAACCUCCACCUGGACACCUCUUACUUUGCAGAUGUGUCAUUUCCUUUGAUAGGACCAGGGACCAUACAGUUAAGGUGAGGGCUGCUGUAGAUGCUUCCAGUGUCAGUGUGCCUGUCCAUUUUAAGAGCUUCCUUAUCCUGUAGAGAACAAGUCUGCCCAGAUGCCAUUUGAUAACUGGAGGACCCGGCAAACUCUUAACAUGCUGCACACAUAUACAUACAUAUGCAUACACAAUAGUGAUGAUUAUUCCGUACAUUAGCAGGCGAAGACGGUUGAUUUGCCAUUGUUAAAAACUGAUUUACAGUAACUUAGAACAACUGUACUUUGGUUGGAUUAGCAAAUCGUGUGUUUAAACAAAUCCCAUAUGUUGGGCAACAGUUCAAAUAAGCACAGUGAAGUGUUGCCCAAACGUGGUUUUCUGACUCUCUUGUAUUUGUAAGGCUGGGCUUCAGAAUCAAAACAAAACCCCCCAGUGACAGCAGGCAAAUGUUUUUUAACUCUGGACACCCUUGCCAUAAAUUGUUGAUAUUCAAAGUCAAAUGAGGAAGACAUGAGAACUCUAGUGGCCCAUUUCAAAAAGAACAAAACCGGCAGUGUUCAAGUUAUCUUUGCGUCUGAUUUUUUACAAAGGGAUGCCCCAACAGGAGAAAUUUGAGCCUGUCUGAGGUCGCCAAGUCCCAGUUUGAGUGUAAGGUGUGCUUGCAGAUGCCACCAAGAGCAGUGCCUUCCCCUCUUAAAGGAUAGCGUGUGGCAUUCAGAGUCAGGAAGGCAGUUUGAGGUGUCUUUAUGCUUAAGACUUGCUGGGUGGAGCUGGGAGAGGACAAUUAUUGACAGUGGUGUGCAAUGAAGUGACAAGAUGAGAGCAGAAUAAUAAGAGCUUUGAAUUUGAAGUGAUUUUUCCAUAAGUUAUUUAUUCCUUUUCUUCCUUUGUAAAUAUAUUUAUUUUACUGUGGAGUUCUAACAACAUCUGGAUCGUAACAUGUGCAGAAUGUAUGGUAGGAAUGUAUUCUCUUGUAGGAAUGUAAAUCUGUAUUAAAAUGGGGUCCAAGCCAGACCCCUGGGUCUUCUCAUCAUAUGCACAGUCCACAUUUACUUUUACUCUCUUCUCUAAUAUGGGUCUAUUUGAAAUAUGCAAAAGGUAUGGAUGAGGAAUGUUUUAAUACCUCCAAAUUUUUAAGAAAAUCAAGCAUCAAAGGGUUGAUUUUUUAAACAUUUUUUUAGUAGCACUUUCUCUUUAUGACAGAAGGGGCAACCACACUGGCACUAGCCAGAGCCUCCACUACACCUUGAGUGUCUUUAUCAAUUGAGCUUUUUAUUGCCAUAGCCCCUUGGAAUAAUAUCCCAACUGCCCUGAGGUCAAUCAAGGAAAAUUUCUUAAAUAAGUAAACUCUAAAGAGCCAAAGUAUCAACUUACGGAUCAUUUUUUAAUGCUUAAAUCUGUUAGCCACCUUUGUGGCGAGCAAUGAAUUAUGAAUACGGCAGGGCAGCCUUCUUAAAUGACAGAUGUAAAAAAUAGACUCUUUACUUUGUGCAGCGAUUAUUGCUGUCUAUGAAUUGUCUUAAUUUCAAAACCUUGCUGUUAAAAAUUGGACCUUUAUACAUUUUCCAAAAAUUAUUGAAAAGAACAUAUUUAAUGUAUUCUGGCUGUAAAUGGUUAACUCCAUGUAACUGCCACUGGCAAUGAGGCAUGUGUGUCCUGCUUUGUGAACAGUUGUUUUCAGUGCUUCUAAGAAUGACUCUAAAUGUUCUUGAAAAUUAGCCAGGAUCAAAUGCUGUUGCAAACAAAGCCAAUUAAAAUUUUGGACAUCUUUUAGGGGUAAUAAGUUUGGGAGAGCAGUGCAGUCCUUAUGAGCAAACAACUAAGAUUUGGAAAAGAUGUAUAUAAUGCUGUGUUUGGUGCAUGGUUUUAAGGAGGGAUUUUGUCAAAAACAAAGAAAAACCAGGAGGUGUAACCUUUCCCCCACAGACCUGAGAGCUGUGCCUUUUCUAUGCAAUAUUACAGACGUUACAUUGGAACCCAGAUGGCUGUAUUCACAUGUAGGUUUGGGCUGUAAUCUAAACAAUUGGACAGAUGAAAUGUACAUGGAAAUGAGCAGUCUUUUGUAGUUUUAUAUUAUACAAUAAACAGUUAAAGAGAAA